GGAGCGAAAAUAGCCGAACGCAGUCGAUGGAACGGCCCUGAAGCGUCCUGGUCGCCUCUCCAACCCGUGUGUUUUUGCUGCGUGUGUGUUUGUGAAGCUUGAGUGGCGCGUGCCUGCAUGGUCAAGAUGAGUUGCUACAUCCAAGUUUGCGAAGAAGAGAAUGACGAGCCCAUCGAGAUCCCGACGGAGGAGGACAGCACCCUCCUGCUGUCGACUCUGGUGGCGCAGUUCCCCGGCGCCUGCGGCCUCAAGUACCGCCACCCCGACAGCCGCGGCCUCAGGGGCGUCAGGCUCGUCGACGGCCGCCUCCACGCGCCCGACGAGGGGUGGAACUACGUCUUCGUCUGCGUCUUCCCCAAAGGUGAGGUUGCUGAACAAUCUUCAUUUUCAUCAGAGAACAAGAGGAAGUCGGAUGACCACUUGGAGAGCUCCAUGUCUAAGACUAAGCGAAUGGAAAGUAAGCAGAGGUGCUCUGAUCUGAUUGUACUUGGCCUCCCCUGGAAGACGACUGAGAAGGAACUGCGUGAAUACUUUGAGCCUUUUGGGGAGGUUCUCAUGGCCCAGGUUAAGAAGGACCCCAAGACUGGCCAGAGCAAAGGUUUUGGGUUCAUUAGGUUUGGCAACUACGACACCCAGCAGCGCGUGUUGUCUCAGCGCCACAUGAUUGACGGACGUCUUUGCGAUGUCAAGAUCCCCAACUCGAAGCAGGAAGGUAUGGUGCAGCAGGUGAACAGCAAAGUGUUCAUUGGCCGUUGCACAGAAGACAUUGGACCGGAGGAUCUCCGUGAAUACUUCAGCAAGUUUGGUGAGGUCACCGAUGUUUUCAUUCCUAAGCCUUUCAGGGCUUUUGCCUUUGUCACUUUCUUAGAUCCUGAAGUAGCUCAGAGCCUUUGUGGUGAGGAUCACAUAGUGAAGGGUACUUCAGUCCAUGUGUCUAAUGCUGCACCCAAGAGUGACCCCAACCGUGGACCUUUUGGGCGUGGUGGACGCAUGGGUGACGGUCGAGGAUAUGGUCAGGGAGGCUAUGGUCAGGGGAUGAAUAAUGGUGGGGUCUGGAACCAGGGAGGGAACCGAGAAAUGCCCAACUUGGCAGCUCUUGGAACCUCUCUGGGCCUUGGGGGACCUGGGCAGGGAGGACAGGGUGGUGGGCAGAACGUAAACCCACUCAACAUGGGAGCCCUCACCAUGCCUAUGCUUGCUGCACUCAGUCAAGCCAGUUGGGGUCUCCUAGGUAACCUGCAGCAGCAGAACCAAGAUGGAACCCAAGCACCGGGUGGCUACAACCAGGGAGGGCAAUCCAGUCAGGGGCACUCCAAUCCUCCCCCAAGUAACCAGAGUCAGGGAGGCUGGGGAUCCGGGAGCUCCGGUGGCGGAUGGGGAGACGGUAGUCAGAGUGGUUCUUGGGGCCCUUCUCAGGGUAGGGGAGACAAGGGGUACAACAGGGGAGACUACAUGUAAGAAUGCUUUGGCAAACUUGGGUGGGUGAGGAGUGGAUGAUAGACACAGGCCAUGACUAUUGGUAUGACUUGGUCAGAAUGUUUACAUCGUAUGUCUGACAAGUAGAUUCUUAACACCUGCCUGCAAGGGCAGAGGGGGUGGCUCAGGGGUGUUAUGUGUGUGUGGUCAUGUCAACACUCCCUCGUCCCUUGUUUAAAUUAAAGCAUGCUUUAGAUUUAGGCAAGUAUUCACUUUAACUUUAAUGAUGGUAAUAUUCACGCUUAGUGUGUAUCGUUUGGUGUGGUGGGCAUGUAUGGGUGGGUGCUGGGGCCCAGGUAUUAGGCCCUGAAUGUUGUAGCAGUGUCCGAACACAUGGUAUGAUUGCUAGGGCGCUCCUCUCCUGCUGCGUGUAGCCUCCCGGGGCAUGGGUGGUGGCGGCCUCGCCAGAAGGAAAGUGACCAGCAGUGUGACAGCUAUAUUGUACUGAGAGUGGUAUGGACGUGUGGAUGGCAGAGCUUGCCAAUGCCAGGACCGAGCUAAACCAAGUCAGUUCAGUGGGGUGUGGAAGUCUCGGUAGCGUGAGAGAGAGGCCCUCUGAACUCCGUAGAGAAGAGCGACUUCGUACCAUCCCUUGUAUAUGGUACAAGGACGUAUCUGUCUCUGCUGGGUGAAGAGGAUCAGAGGCAAUCGGUACCAUGAGCCUGGCUCCAUACCGUUCUCAAGAAAUGCUGUUAUUAAUGUUACAGUUGAUCAUUUGAUUUCCAACCUGCUUCACAACACCAUUGUAAUCUAAGGUCACACUUUAUUGCUUAAUAGCUUAGCUGUUCGCCUUUUGUGAACAGUGUGGAACCAGGAGUCCUGUAUAUAGUGUGUGUUUGUUUCAGCAAGGAAGUGAGUCUGUUAGAAAUGCCCAACUACAGGUGUUAAUUCUACUGGACUUUUGCUUUGGAAAAGUAUCUUGUUGGAUUACCACACAAGGCUGGGCAUUGCUGAUAGCGUCACUAAAUAAUCAUGUUUCUCACUCUAAUCACAGACUCAAAUAUUUGCCAGUGUGAGGUGUGACCGAGGAAGCCCUGAGUGUGUAGACUAGGAAGGCCAAGCUAUGAGUGUGUGACAAUGCAACAAAUUAAGAUAUAUUUUGAAGUCUUGUAUGAGCAUUGGCCUCUUUAUUUUAAUACUUGUGUGCAUCUAUAAUACGGCAUCCAAAAAGUGCAUGAGUCUCAUUGGCUUAGUGUAGACUCGUGCCCCUACUCCCUGCUCAAAUCUUCUCACUAUAGCAUUUUGUCAAUGAGCACUGCACAAAUAUUGCUUUACACUUGUCAUUUUGGGUCUUGCUAGGGAGAGCCAUCACUUCCCAGUUAGACUAGAUUCUUUGGUAGUCUUUUUGCAAAUAAUAAAACAAAACAAAAAACAUUCACAACUAAAAACAAACAACAUUGAGUGCUUUGUGCAAUAUGUGUUCAUGGCUACAAAUCCUAUUAUGCAUAGCAGAAAUAUAUCCUGGGGUAGGGGGCAACUAUUACCUUGACCUCACCUGACCUCACCUCUCAGUGUUGCCGAGGUCACUGACCUGGGAAUCACAGUACAAAGUCUGUGUGUUGAGCAUGGUGGUCAGCAGUAAGAGCUAGUUGGAAGCAGGAAGACUGUGUUGUCCGGUAUAUUUUGGAGAUUAAAUAGAUGGAAAUGGCAUUUAUUUCUUGUUUUUAAUUUUUUACUUUUUAGAUUUGGCCUGCAUUUGUUCAUUGAUCAUAUCCAACCUUAUCUUAACUUGUAGUACAUCCCCCUUCAAAGAAAUCAUGCCCAAAACAGCCUAGAUCUUUAAAUCAUGCCUCUUGCCCUUACCAGUCCUCCUGCUAUCCCCUGGCCUGCUGAUGAAAGAAGGUAUGACAGAGCCACGUACGACUAACAAGCAGGCCUUGUGUUUUAUCACAAGAUAUUUUUUUCUUUCUUUUCCAAGUCAUUUAGUGGAAGAGCGUUUUGUUUGAAUUUUGGCAUGAGUGUUCCGGUACGGCUGACACUAGUAGUUUGAUAACUACAAACAUGAUGCUGUUUUUUUCCAUUCAUUUCACCUAGAUUUUAUUCACUUUAUUAUUAGUAUUAGCAUUUAUCACCCAUAUCUGAUGUGUACAUGAACUCCAAACGGGCUCAUUAUGAAGUGUGUGUUGCGUGAGUUUUUAUUCAGAAAUAUAUUAUAGGAAGGUACAAAAGUGCGUGUCCUGUCAGGUGACCAGAGUGAGUUAUGUGUGACCAAAACACCAAAGGUGUAUCUAAACUUCUUGGUUGGUGAAACUCAUCUGUAGAUCAGAGCAUGGAGUAAAUCUAAAAGAAAGCUCACUUUACCUGUAAUUACCUAUUCAUUCCGAGUCGGUGCUCCAUGUAUUUGCUCGCAGAGAGGUAGAUUAUACUACCAACUCCCUAAUUUGAAAAGUGUUGUCAUCUUCUUGUAAUAAAUACUAAUACCUUGAAGAGGCACGUCACUUGGCAAUAUGGCAAGGUUAGGAAGGACCCAGUAGUUAGAAUCACCAAGAGAGCAGUCUUUCUGCUCUGAACUAGAGGCUGAUGCGAGAUGGAAAGUGUGACCUAACAUCUGUAUGUAUUGCUAGCUAGGAGAAUGAACAUAAUGUGAACUUGAGAAUGAUACAUUGGAUAUGUAAGAUCUUGUGGGUCUUUACUGUGAAGAUGUUCAGAAGGUGAUGUGUGAGGAGGAGUGAGAUACAGGUGGAGACUGAAGAGAUGUGAUGAGAUAAAUGUGGCUGCUGUUGUGGAUUUGAGGCUUCACCUUCCACUGGUAUCCUUUGGAAUGUGUUGCCUUGAAUUUCUCAUCACAGCCUUUGAUGGUGAGCUAGAGCUUGGUGUGCUCUCUACUGUUGUCCUUUUGGGCGUGAUUGUGAAUGAUUGUAUGGCUAGAGUGCUCUGUCGAAUAAUAAAAAAAAUCACAGCUAAAUAUUGUGUUCUUAACCCAAAGACCAAAACUAGCCCUUUUUAGAUUUGCUUUAUUUUAUUUAUUUUUUUUUACUACUAUUGUAUAGGCAUGUGGUGAGAUUAUUAACAAGGCUAUAUUAACUUCCGUUUAGUACAGUCAAGUGAAAGGUGAAGGAAUCGAUUACAUUUGUUAAAGGUAAAAAAAGAAAAAAUAAAUAAUAAAUUGAUUUUUAAUGUAUAACAGCUCAGCAACAAAUGCUCAAGACACUGUAGGUUAACCAUUAAACUAGUGGGUAGAAUUCCUUGAGUAUUAAUUUGCAUAUGUCAGUCAUGUCUUUAAUACAGGUAAAAGAUAGAAGUAUUCAGUGUAGCUCUUUCCGUAUGUAUGAUUCACUUUGCGAGUAAUAGUGUCAAAUUGAUCGUGGUGGAGGAAGGGUUUGAGACGAUGCUUUGAUUUAAAUCCUUGGUUCCUAUACUGUCCAUAAUUUAUUAAGUUUUUUUUGCACUCCAUUCCAGGUUUAUUGCCUUU